AUGUCUCUUGAAUUCUCUGGCGCGACAUCCGUGGAACGCAAGGACCCAUUCGAUCUUGAACGUUUGGCCGAAGAGCUUGCAACCCGAGAGAAAGCUUAUCCACUCGCCCACGGUACACAGGCCAGCGACGACUCACAUUCAGACCAUGACCUUCCUAUAUAUGUACCUCUCUCCCAUGAUAAUCCAUAUCUGACAGCAGAGCCGUUCGACGUGGACCAGUUCUUACUUUCACGGUCUUACACCUCUUUACCAGACUUACGGUCAGAAUUGAGGGACUAUCUAUCCACUCUGAAAGAGGAGCUGGUUCAAUUGAUAAAUGACGAUUACGAGGCUUUUAUCAGCUUGAGUACCGAUUUAAAAGGAGAGGGUGCUAGGAUGGAGAGGUUGAGGCUACCACUUAAUAGCAUUAAAUCAGAAAUCCUCGAAGUAAGGAAAAGCCUUCAAACCAUCCAGGAUACUACUCAAGAAAAACUGGAUGAACGGGCGAAAAUACGCGAAGAGAAGGAAAGUUUCUUGUUGUUAUUGGCACUGCUUCAUCUGUUACUGAAAAUCUCAGAGUCUGUAACGCGACUAGAAUCUCUACUCCUGAUAUCGCAGCCUAUGGCGGACGAAACAUCUUCCUCCGAAUUAACUACCUCCAAAUUGCCUACUCAUCUGAGUAACGUAGAACAUCAUUUAGCUCGUGUAGCCGCUGAAUAUACUCAGCUUCUGUACCAUACUGCGAAGGCGCGAGCAGAGAAAUGUGAAUUUGUAGAUGAGAUUCAAUGGCGUAUUGAUCGUGUCCAGUCAACGUUAUCUUCUGACCUUGAUCACAUAUUUGCCUCUACUUUGGUGGCUCUUACGGAUAUUAAUGAAACCAAGAAGUCAGAUAUAGAAAGGGCGAAGUUGAUGGUUGACCUGACUGAGUGUCUACGAAUUUAUGAUACGCUGAGUCUAUGGAGAGACGCAGAGGAAAUACUUAGGAAGGAGGUCGUUCGUGGAUUUGUGAGGAAGACAAUAUAUCCCGGUGCACUGAAUGCUUCCCAUUCUCCCAUAAUUCCACACACACCCCUUCCUGCCCCUUCCACUCACCGAGCUUCUAGGGAUCUAAGCUACAUCAUGGAAAUCGCAGAAAAAGCCUCAUUGAACUCUGCUUCCCGAGCAAGAGACAAAACUGCGUCUAUCGCAUUGUCAGGAAUGAAUAACAAAGAGCAGGCAAAGGAUGACGGGUUUAAUAUCAUAGCUAAUGUGAUUUGGGCCGAGUUCGGUAAAGCUCUUCUGGAUGAGCUUGGUAGUGUCAUAUUUUCCGUCGGAAACCCAGAUGAAUUCAGGAAACAUUACGAAACGACAGAAGCAUUUCUACGAUCUCUAGAAUUCUUAGCUCCUUCUACGUACUGUAUCGAGGCUAUGCGCUUGCAUCCAAUAUUCGUUAAUUUCAAGCGGAGGUGGCAGCUGCCAGUAUAUUUCCAGCUACGUUGGAAAGAUAUUAUUGGGAAACUAGAGGAUUCGCUCCUGACGACAACAGUGGAGCUAAAGAAUGAACGCUUUGUAAAAGUUCAGCAUCCUUUUGCUACUACCCAAGCUGCUUCUAUAUGGACUGCAAUUGCAACUUGCUGGAGUGCAGAGGUGUACAUCCCUGACUUAAGCCAUCGAUUUUGGAAGCUUACUCUCCAGUUGUUGAGUAGGUAUAAGACGUGGCUUGACAGUAACAGUGUAUCUGUUGAAAAUAGUGUCGCGGAUGAUCUUUUGUUACGACAGUUCUCAGCAGUCAUUCUCGAUAUCAAAAUCAUGUCCAGCCAAAUGUUGGCUUUAUGGCGUGAUGAAAUCAGUAUCAUGCUUCCCCAUUCAGCAUUUCUCACUCCUCUGACGAACCAGAUUGUCUCCAUUUUGACUCGGCGCUCCUGUGAUGCCCUUGUCCCCGUGAGGUCGAUACCUUCGCAGUUCAGAGCCAUGUCAAACAAGCGCUUGCCUGUCGAAUCAAGUUACUUCGUCACUUCCAUUCUUCGGCCCGUCAAAGAUUUCUUUGGUAUAGGUUCGAAUGGCGGCCCAGGUGAUCGACUCAAGAAAGACUCGUUGAAACCCAUUGCUACAGAUGUAUUUGAUGUCACUUGUCAAAGGUAUUCCUCGAUUACUCCAAAAACGGAAGAGUCUUUAAAGCGUCUUAAGAAAGGCAAGAAGGCAACUUUUUCUCUCUUCUCGUCAGCUAGCGCUGGGAAGGACGAUGAUGGACGAGAUGAAGAAAGGAUUAGAACCCAAAUGAUCCUUGAUGUGGAGGCAUUUGCAAAGGAUGGAGAGUCCAUGGGUGUUGACGUACACUCGCUAGAGAGCUUUAAAUCGUUGGAUGACUUGGUUCAUAGUGGCUUGAUCGACGGUGAGUAUCGUGGUACAAUCCCUUGUUGCAGGAAAUGA